AUGGCUCUGUACGGCCGGUUCGGAGGGCCCGCCCCGGGUCUGGUGUACCUGUACGGACCGGACGGUUUGGUGCCGGCGCACCAGGAGCCCCCCCAGAAGCCCCCCUUCAGCUACAUCGCGCUGAUCGCCAUGGCCAUCAGGAGCGCGCCCGGGCAGCGCGCGACCCUCAGCGGGAUCUACCAGUUCAUCAUGGACCGGUUCCCCUUCUACCUGGACAACAAGCAGGGCUGGCAGAACUCGAUCCGGCACAACCUGUCCCUGAACGACUGCUUCAUCAAGGAGCCGCGCGAGAAGAACCGGCCCGGGAAGGGCAGCUACUGGACCCUGGACUCCGGCUGCCUGGACAUGUUCGAGAACGGGAACUACCGCCGCAGGAAGAGGAAAGCCAAGACCCAGCAGGUUCUGGACUCCAGACACCCUGGACUCAAGCGGGUCAGGGCUCCGGGACCCGCAGGGGAACUGACCUCCAGGAGCGCGCAGGGGCCCCGAGAGGACCCCCAACCAGAACCCACACCGGUUCUUCUCGACAUGAAACAAGCUGCCCCCCUGCAGAGAGUCCUCCUGAACCUGGACCCCACUGAGUCCAAGGAAGACCCGCAGAACGAGCCGCGUUCCGGUCCGCUGUGGAUGGAGCAGGAGGACUGGAUCCGCUCAACAAGUGUUCCGAGGACAAAUGGACCGGAUGUUCCGAGAACUCAGAAGUCCAAAGGCUUCACCAUCGAGAGCAUCUUAUCCAGGAGCCCGGAGGAGCCGCGCAGCCGCAGAGCGGACCUGUCUGCGCAGCCGCUCAGCCCCGCCGGGCUCCUGGGGGCUCCUCAGCAUCACUGGUACCGGUUCGGACUGCCCUUCUGCUCCUACCUGACCCUCACCUGCCCCGAGCGCGCGCUGCAGUUUCACUGAACCCAACGUUUCCGGAGUUUUACGCACAGACACGUCCAAGUCCAAGAACUGCUCAGAUGUCUCCAAAUCAGUAAGUCCAGCUCCUUCAUCAUCUUCAUCUUCAUCAGUGAAGUUCCGACCGGAGCUCGGACCCACAGGGAGGCGGGAAAUUCAUCUUUACGCAUGCGCAGAAGACAUUCUGAAGACGAAUGAACUGCAGUUUUUGUCUUGGCUCAUGAAGACAGAUUUUAAUAAUCAUUAAUUUUUUAUUGUUCUGUAAUAAAACAAACAUGAAAGACACGGCUUUGCUCUUUGAUGUAACCGAAACCUUUGGAGAUGAAAGAGUUCCGCUGGAUGUAAAUAAAUUCAGUUUAUAAAUAAAGUGUUGGCAUUGUUUACUGGGGGAAAACAACAACAACAAACAGGAAACAUGGCAAGUUGAAGCAGGAGCUUUAAAACAAAUA